AGCGAUAGUUGUUCAACUGGCUGACAGACACAGCCGUCGCAGCUGAGACUUGUCUGUCGUUACUAUGAGCAGCUAGACUCUUCGACUGACUUGCUCUAUCUGGUUAGCUUAGUGUUGUAAAAAGGAAGGUUGAACAAAAUCUAAGUUUGUGCGUAAAUAAGACAACAGUCGUUAUUUAGCCUCCACCUGUUAUUUGCUACAACGAGAGGCUAAGUUAGCUAACGUCAACGUUACGGUUGACUGUUAGCUCGCAUUAGCUAAUUGUGUUACAUACUGCCCCUGCUGCGUAUCAUUUCAGGGUUGUCAACAUGUUGCAGUGAGUAAUGCACAGAGUGUUGAUAUUAAUAAUGGUCAUCUCGGGGGCGCAGGGAUGCCUCAAUUCAGAGAGCUGCCCGGCUCUGCAGCCCAAUUCCACCUCCAAGGACUUCUGUUACUCUGCCCGAAUUCGCAGCACAGUGCUCCAAGGCUUGCCUUUCGGCGGGGUGCCUACUGUCCUUGCCCUUGACUUUAUGUGCUUCUUGGGGCUGCUGGUUGUGUUCUCCUUCUUGAGAAAAGUAGCAUGGGACUAUGGGCGACUCGCUCUGGUGACUGACGCUGACAGAAGAAUGGAUCAACGGUACAGUCGGCUGGAUGAUCGAGACUAUGUGGCUUCUGCCUUGGCAUCGGAUGCACCAGAACGCUAUGAGCGUCUCACUUCAGUUUCCAGCUCUGUGGACAUUGAUCAGAGAGACACAGGCUUCUGCUCUUGGCUAACUGCCAUCUUCCGCAUCAAGGAUGAAGAGAUUAGGGAGAAGUGUGGCGAGGAUGCAGUACAUUACUUGUCCUUUCAGCGCCACAUCAUAGGCCUGCUGGUAGUGGUGGGCGUGCUGUCUGUGGGCAUCAUAUUGCCUGUUAACUUCUCUGGAAACCUACUUGAAAACAAUGCCUACAGUUUUGGGCGAACCACUAUAGCAAAUUUGAAUGCAGAUAAUACACUACUGUGGCUGCACACCACCUUUGCAUUUCUCUACCUGUUACUGACGGUGUACAGCAUGCGACGGCACACCUCCAAGAUGCACUACAAGGAGGAUGACUUGGUGAAACGCACUUUAUUUGUCAAUGGGAUCUCCAAAUACGCAGAGGAGACUGAGAUAAAGCAACACUUUGAGCAGGCUUAUGAAAACUGUGUUGUACUGGAAGCUCGUAUCUGUUACAAUGUGGCCAGACUAAUGCAUCUCAACUCUGAAAGGAAGAAGACGGAGCGCAGCAAGAAAUUCUUCGUUGACCUGCAUGCCAAGGAGCAUAUUACCACCAUGAUCAAUCCAAAACCCUGUGGACACCUUUGCUGUUGCAUCAUCAAAGGCUGUGAGCAGGAAGAGGCAGUGGGCUACUAUACCAAGAUGGAGGCACAACUAAAAGAUGAAUACAGGAAGGAGAGAGAAAAGGUUAACAGGAAGCCCUUAGGAAUGGCCUUUGUCACCUUCCAGAACGAGUCCAUAACUGCCAUAAUCUUGAAAGACUUUAACGCUUGCAAGUGUCAGGGCUGUCAGUGUCGCCGGGAGCCCAAGAGCUCUCAAUUCAACGCCAAGCUCCACACACACAACUGGACUAUCAGCUACGCCCCUGAUCCACAAAAUGUCUACUGGGAGCAUCUGUCAGUGGGAGGAGUCUCCUGGUGGCUCCGCUGCUUGAUCAUCAACAUUGUCCUCUUCCUCCUCCUCUUCUUCCUCACCACCCCGGCCAUCAUCAUCUCCACAAUGGACAAGUUUAAUGUUACCAAACCAGUGGAGUACCUCAAUAAUCCAAUCGUCACCCAGUUCUUCCCCACCCUCCUUCUGUGGUCCUUCUCCGCCUUACUACCUACCAUUGUCUACUACUCUGCCUUCUUCGAAGCCCACUGGACCCGGUCAGGAGAGAACAGGACCACGAUGCAUAAAUGCUACACUUUCUUGAUCUUUAUGGUCCUGUUGCUGCCCUCUCUUGGACUCAGCAGUUUGGAUGUUUUCUUCCGCUGGCUUUUUGACAGAAGAUUCUUGGCAGAUGCUAAAGUGAGAUUUGAGUGCGUAUUCCUGCCUGACAAUGGAGCCUUCUUUGUGAACUAUGUCAUUGCGUCUGCAUUCAUUGGUAAUGCCAUGGACCUGCUGAGGAUCCCUGGUCUACUUAUGUACAUGAUCCGCCUCUGCCUGGCUCGCUCUGCAGCAGAGAGGAGGAACGUCAAGAGGCACCAGGCCUAUGAGUUCCAGUUCGGGGCAGCUUAUGCCUGGAUGAUGUGUGUCUUCACUGUGGUGAUGACCUACAGCAUCACCUGCCCAAUCAUAGUCCCCUUUGGUCUGAUGUACAUGCUGCUGAAACACCUCGCAGACAGGUACAAUAUGUACUACGCCUAUCUGCCGUCCAAACUGGACAAGAAGAUUCAUUCUGGAGCGGUCAACCAAGUGGUGGCUGCACCUAUUCUCUGUCUCUUCUGGCUUCUGUUCUUCUCCACUGUUCGCUCGGGAUUUUCAGCUGCUACAUCCAUGUUCACAUUCGUAGUUCUGAUCAUCACAAUCAUUAUCUGCCUCUCUCACGUCUGCUUCGGACACUUUAAAUAUCUCAGUGCUCAUAACUACAAGAUCGACACCCUGGAGGUGGACGGCUUGGAGAAUGCGAACGGACGUCCAGUGUGCGCUUCUACUGCAAGCAAAGCAGCACAAAUGUACAUUGCUCAGGUUCUUCAAGACCCAAAUUCAGAGGAAUCCGUUUCAGGCAGUGGCGAGGAUGACGGCCAGGGGUCCUCGCAGGACGAGGAAAUAAUCAAUGUCGAAAAUGGUCUGAAUGAGGACUUCCAGUCUGGUGAGGACAGCCUCAUUGAUAAUGAAGUGCGACACUGAUACUGCCUGGAACAGUUAACAUACCCUAAGUUUAACUUGAGGAGUGCACUGAUUAUGUGAAUUUAACUAGGAACCAACAGUUCUCCAAAGCAUCUCAACCUCCAUCGAGGGACUUUACACUAACCUAAGCACACUGUCUAUUAAGGAUUGAAUGGAUUGUCGCUCAAGGACUCUUGCAUUUUCUUCACUGGAUCUCACCAAACCACAUCUUCUGUCUGUGUACCUGCAGAGGGAAUCUACUCUGAUAAAGCAAGGAGAGCGACAUGACAUCCUUCUGCCCCGAUAUAGCUGAGGAAAGCCCCAAAACACUGCACAUGGACCCAUGAAAGAAAGACACUAAUGCACAAAUGAAGAAUAGUUUGCCUUGUUUUGUAAGGGGAGUGAUAUUCUGUCUGUAUUUCCUUAACAUUAUUGCACUUGAAAGAGAACCUGUCCUAUAAGCUCGACUUUCACUAAGGUACUGUAGUACAGCAUGCCUUCAAGUUCAAAUGGUGGAGGGAUGUUCCUAUAAUCCUUUACCAGUAUCUCUAAUUGUCUGCACUAAAUGCUUCCCCUGAAUAAGCAGCUGGAGUGAGAGGAGAAUAAGAGUUUCCCACACCACCAGACAGCUUGGUUCGUGCAGAAGUGAUGGUCUCAAAAUGGUUCUUCCAAUUCCAUAAAAGCCUUUCAAAAAAAGAAGAGAAAAAAAAAUCAAAGAAGAAAAAAAAAAUGGUUGCUACUAACACUCCUGGACACUUUGACACUGUACAGCUUCGAAACUCUGGAUUUGUAAAAUAGCCUCUUUUUUUUUUACAUGGUAUUUAUUUGUAGGCAUUUAAUUUUAAAUGCUAUCAAGCUUGAUACACCCCUAAACUGUGGAAAAAGAUAAUUCAUAUUUUGGCAUAUUACAUUGAUCUUUUUGGCGUUCAGUCUCUGAGCCUGUGUUGGGGUGCUCCUACUGAUGCUGCCCCCCAGUGUGGGGAAGCCCUUGCACGGGCUGCUGCAGGAGGACUUGAGGCCAGGAGCCUGUUGAUCCUUUUGUGUUGAUCAGAGGAUGGAGAGAAAGGCCUUUUUGGAAGGUUUUUCUGGGUCUGCUUCAUAUGAUGCUCAUUGUGACUGGUUCUCUUGAUCUGUUGUUUUUCAUUUAUAUCUUUUUGUCCAUAUGUUUACGUCUUUAUGGAGAUAUUUUGAAAUUAGCAUUCAGUGUAGGUGACUACUGAUAGUUUUACGAAUAAGCUAAUCUAUAUCUCAUCACUCAGUCCUCUUGUCAGGUCCUCUCCAUUUUUAUCAUGUAUGUAGCAUAUUGUUCCAGUUCUGCUCGAGCAUUGUUAAAGUUUUACCAUUUGCAAUCACUCAAUGCCCAGUUGUAGAUUGUUUAACUCAAACUGCAAUUUUGCUUGAUAACAUCAGAUCUUUGGCUUGGUCAUUCAAGAGUUACAUCAGUGGGUGAUGUCCACAUCUAAUUUUCAAACCUUAACUUUAUGCUAUUGAAUACGACUAUGCCCCCCCCCCCCCCCCCAUUGAAAACAAAAUGGAAGAUGUAUGCAUUAUGUUGCCUCUUGACUUGUGAUAAUGUAAUUAAGUUUCCCCUCAAUAUUAUACAUUCCAUUUGCAGAUCCAGUUACUAGCUUUGUAAGGCCUCCGUCAGAGCAAUAGUAAUUUCCCGAUCUGCCUCAGCCAUAUGAAGCAGCUUGUUUUCAGGUAUCGGGUAGACUCGGACAACAACGCAUACUUUAACGAUGCAAACGUGCAAAUUAACAAAUUAUAAUGUGAAACAAAGUGCCCACACAGUUAUGACCUAACUCAGGUUUUAUCAAGCUUCUUGUUUUUGUCAUUUCUUCCUUAUUCAAAACACUAUGAGCUGCCCUGUGAAACACAAAGAUGAUUGUUGGUAAAGCGAGGCACAGUGCUGCAGACAAAGUACCACUACAGUGUAUCUAUGGGCCAAUUCUUGUUAUUGGACCAUAAUAUGAAAAAUGUAUUAUCCAGCUGCUCAGAGAACCAUUGUGGGAAAUGUGCACUAAUCUUACUUUCACUUAUAUGAUUGAUGGAGAAGGGCUUGCCCCCCCCCCCCCUGAGGGUGUAAUGAUGACAAUGGUGAACCUUAAAUGUUUCCAUAAUUUGUCCAUGGCACCACAUAUGGGUAAAUUAUUAUGGUACUAACAUGAGAAUUGUUUGACACCAUUGAGUCUGGUGCUCUUCGAAUCAUGAUACGGUGAUUUUAUUUUUUAUACCUCUUCAUUUUUAUACCUCUGAGAUGUCUUGAAAUCUCUGAAUGUGUCCUGUCAAAAUGCCAUCUACUGCCCAGCUCUGCGGGAGAUACUUAAAAAUCUCAUCUGGUCUAACAACUCAAGUCUUUAAACGCAGAAUGUAGAUAAUGUACGUGUGAUCGCUGUAUUUACACAGCUUCAAAAGGAGGGAUCACCAGCUAACCAGAAAUUAUGAGUUUCAUACUUUAACAAAACGUACUGGUGUCCAGUCCCAUGUCAUGGCAUUUAAUUUGAGUACAGAUCUACAUUUUUCAGUCUGAUGGUUGCAAUGAUUUCCAGUAGUCUUUUUCUAAUUCCAAGUCUAGGAUCAUCAUGAUGAAUCCUUUUUAUUUUAGAUUAUCUUCAUAAGCUCUGUAUAGACAGUGGGAAAUGGAUUGUUUUUGUAAACGGCCAAGCACUUUCUAAUAGAAGUUCUCUGCUUGUUUCUAUAAUGUACUCAGAAUGGGUAGUGAAAUGUCUGUGUCUCAAGACUGUGCACAAUUAGAAUGUGUUUCUGUGUGCUUUGCCUUUUAUAGUUUUACAUUUUUCUAGAUAGGAAGAGUAACAAUAACCGAUCUCAGCAUUUGACCGUCUCAUUUUAUCAUUUACAAAGGGCCGUCUGUACAACAGAUAUAUACUGUGUAUAUCUGUGCUUCCCCCCCCCCCCCAGCUCUUUGAACAAUAAAUCUGUAUUUAAUCAA